AACAACAGGCUGGCUCUGAAACCCGAAGAUAGGUUACUUGGGCUGUUACAGCUUUGGAUAGGUUGCGGCUGCGCAGUUAGGUCGCUUCCACCCAGAAUAUCUUUUCGCGCUUUUUUCCUUAUUUUUGAGUUGGGGGCUUUUAUUUUACCUUUUUUGAUAGCUGCCCAGGAGGAAGUCAAGCCUGUAAUUCCAGGAACUACACCGAACGUCAAGAUGAUUUGGUUUUGGUGCAACAGAGUACAGCAAGUUCAAUAUACCUUGGGAUUAUUGUUCAAAAAAAGUUGUUCCUCUACAAAAACCCUGCCAGUGCUGACCCUGUUCACAAAGGAUCUGUGUCCUCUUUGUGAUGAAGCAAAAGAAGUCCUCAAGCCAUUAAAAGAUAGGUUUAUUUUGCAAGAGGUGGAUAUUACCCUUCCAGAGAAUUCGGCAUGGUAUGAUAGAUACAAGUUUGACAUACCUGUCUUUCAUUUGAAUGGUCAGUUCUUGAUGAUGCAUCGAGUAAAUUUCUCAAAACUUGAAAAACAGCUCAGGAAACUUGAACAGCAAACUUAACUGAGGUUGACUCAUAUCAAGUUGGUUUUCCCACACUAUGAAUAUAUAAAAGUCUUCAAGAAUGUGAGCAGGAUUACUUUCUAAGAGUAAAAUGAUUAGGCUUGGUCCUAAAGAAGAGACAAUAUAAUUCUAAUUGCUUUGUAAAAAAAAUACAAAAGUUUUAAUAUUAUACUUAAAUGUAAACUUUUUUGAUAUAUUGUUUAGUUGUGUGCAACUAUUUUUUUCUUUCAUACUUUUUUGUAAGAGAUGGCUUUCUGGGAUUGGGUGGAGGAGGCAUAUAAUGGGAAGUAUAGUUCACAUAAAAAUAUAUUUUAAAAUAUAUUUAAGCUUAGAGUCCACACAGUGAUACAGAAGGGAUCGUAAAAUUAGACAGAAGUACUAAUCUCUAAAAGAGUACAAAGAUUUCUUACCAAACAUUACAAUAAAAAGGAAAGUAAACCAAUGCCAGAUGAAGUGUAGAGUUCUGUGAAAUCAAGACAAUGGAACAAUAAAAAGUUGCAGAAUGGUUCAAAAAAGAAACAAAAUCCAUAAGAAAAAAAAUUAGGAAGAGGGGGAAAAAGUCAGAAUUAGCUUUCAAAACAGAAAUAAUUAACCUACUGGUAAAAAAUUAAGUCAAUGAUGGCAAGCAAAUCUAUCCAAGCCAAAAACAAAAACAUGGCCUAAAACCUAAAUUUAAAUUCUUACAGUUAAACAAAAUGGACAUGGAUGUAAUGAGAUAUUACUGCACAAGAAAUGAUGGCUAGAUGAUGGCUCAAUAGAUGGAGUGCUGAGCCUGGAGUCAGGUAAACUAAUUAAAAUCUAGCCUCAGACACUUCCCAGUUAUGUGACCUCAGAUAAGUCUUUUAACUUCUAUUUUGCCUCAGUCUAUUGGAGAAGAAAAUGGCAAACCACUCUAGUAUCUUUGCCAAGAAAAAAGCCAUGUAAAGUAUGGCCCACAAAGUCGCAAAGAAUCAGGCACAACUGAAUGAUAGAACAACACCCCCAAGAAGCCAUGUAUAAAUACAGAGAAGCAAGUGAAAACUGACACAAAGAAUACAAACUGAUGCAAAUAAUCAAACCCAUAAAAUACAUAAUAGAAAGAACAAUGGAGUGAAUAACUUGGCUGAUGUGUUAAUUAUUUUAGUUAAACAUUGUUUCUUCAUGAUAAAUAAGAUUCUUCUAGAAGGAAAGGAUAAGACUAGGAAACACAGAAUAUAAAAACAAAAGAUAAAAUCAGAUUUCAUUGUGAUUUGUUAAUUUAGAAGUUCCCUCCAAUGGUCACAAUUAAUCUCUGCUUUCCCAUUCUAUGAAACUCUUAAAUAAUCUUGUAAAAGUUCAUUACAGGAAGUCUUUUCUUGAAUUCUCCCCAAACCGAGAGAGUUCUAGUAAUCUGAGUGUCCACCUAUCAUUCCUUGAUCUUACUAUAUGACUAGUUGACCAUCUCUUCUUGUCAUAUGUCAAGAUGAUACACUUCUACUCCUGUACUUUUUUGGCAAUUGGUGAUCCUCAUUGACUGUGUUGCAAUCUGCCCACAACCACUACGUAGUGCCUUUCCACUGCUCUCCAUGUGAUAUUUAAUUUUUAGUUCUUUAGAGACAGUGAUAGUCUAUGUCUGCCUGUCACAUAGCAACUCUACUAAGAUGUUGGCACUGAAAAUCUUUUUUUGCCUUUGCUUUCAUGAAAAUUUUGAGCCCACUAAAAUAUAGUUUCUCCAAAGUAAUGCAGUCUACUCUCCUUCCUGGGUCCAGUUCAGUUUGUCCCAGUUGUAUAUAAACUGUUAAGAUAAGAUAGUCAUGUUGUUGAAAUUUGGGAUAAACAUGUUCUUCAUCCAUUUGGAUUUUCCCUAUGUGGAUGAGACACCACAGAUACAGAGCCUAAAUUCCCCUGCAAAAAAACUCUGAUAUAGUGCCUCAAAAUAAAUUCUGGAGCAGUAUACCCACGAAAAGAUGGGGUAGGCGCACGACAUCAGUGGCUGUGUCUCUAGUUAUGUGAAUCCAUCUUCUGCCAUUUUUCCAUUGUUCAAUUAGGUGGAGAUGACACUUUUGGAAGAACAUCUCAAUGGCUGGCCAACUGUCACUUGACUGGUGAAUUUGAGAAGUAUGCAGCCACCUUGGGUGUUGAGGUCCAUCCCCUUGUGAUGAUAGAAACCACUCCCUAAGUAUGUCCUGCACAGCACCCCAUUUUUAUGUGUGUACAUUACAGGAUUUACAGGCAUGGAGGAUAAAAGGUGUGGGGCAGAGCUCUCUUUGACUUUCUCUCCAGAGGUUGAUGCUGGAGGGCUUUUUCAGGCUAAGUGAACUUGGGAUUUUGGCUUGGGUAUUUUUCUAGAUAGGUGAGAUUUUUCUGUCCCCUUCCUUCUGUGAAUCUUAAAAUUUCUCAGACUCUACCUUAGAACAUUUGGUUAAGGCUAUUCCCCAUUUAAACAAUGGAGGUACUUGAUCAGGAAUGUAGUGGGAACUUUAAAAUUACUCCACCCAUACUUAGGCAUACCUUAGGGGAAGAUAAAGUUGUAAAACUUCUUACUGAACAAUGAAAAGUAAGGCAAAAACCCUUAAGCUAGGUCUAUUUUUAGAUCUAAUACAAAAGGGUGCUAAGUACCUAUGAAGGUCAAAUUAAUCACUAAAAGGUCAGGCAACUUGUAAGGGACAACCUUAGCAAAGAGGUGUGAAAUACCAGGAAAUUUUAGUCUAUCCAGAGAAGGUGAUAACAAGAUGUGAAUUAAGAAGGUGAUAACAAGAUGUGAAUUAAGAAUGGUCAGUCUUUUGGAAAACGUCUACUGUGAUUGGUAGAUGUGAAAAUUUAGGAGAGGUGACAUAGAAAAUUCUCUUAAAAGGAGGUCAGGAGCUGAGAGCUGGGGUCUCUCUCGAGCUCUCUGGGUCUCUCGGGGCUCUCUCGUUGGCUCUCAGUGGCUGAACUUAGUUGAGCUCAGAAGCUGAACUGGAGGCUGUCUCUGAACACUAGAGUUUUGUUUGGGACAAUCUUGUGGUGAGUGAUUAAAGACUAACUUAGUUUUCUCUCUUAAAAGAAAAGGCCUAGGCCAUUGGCCUAGGCCCCAGCCUUCCUAUUAUUUCCUCUUACUCUGUCUCUCUCCCUUUAUUUAAUUCCUUCAUUUGUAUUAAUUAAAAUCUCCAUAAAACCCAGCUGACUUGGGUAUUUCAUAUUUGGGAAUUUUUCCCAUGGCGACCACUUAUUUUUGAUUUAACUCAAGACACAGUCUUGAAACCAUAUUUUCACGGUCACAGUUUAUGGCAACCACUCUUUUGUCUGUAACACUUCAUUUCCUUUUUUCAUAUGUAUCCAUUUUUACUAAAAUUACAUUGUUAAGAGCUACUAACAGACCCCUGACUUGAGUAAAUUUUAUAAUGACGACCACAAUAUUUUAUUAAUAUCACAUGUAAUUUCACUUUUUGUUCAUUACACCCUUGUGUUCCAUACUAACAGAGGUCCUGUUAAAUUCAAGGUAUAGGAUAUAGCUGGCCAAGAGAAAUUUGGUGGUCUGAGAGAUGAUUAUUAAAUCCAAGAUCAAUGUGCCAUUAUAAUGUUUGGUGUAACAUCAAGAGUUACUUACAAGAAUGUACCUAACUGGCAUAGAGAUCUGGUAGGAGUAUGUGAAAACAUCUCUAUAGUGUUGUGUGGCAACAGACUGGACAUUAAGGACAGAAAAGUCAAGGCAAAAAUCUUCCAUAGGAAGAAGAAUCUACAGUACUAGGACAUUUCAGCCAAAAGUAACUACAACUUUGAGAAGCCCUGCCUUUGGCUUGCUAGAAAACUUGCUUGAGAGGGGGCAGCUGGGUAGCUCAGUGGAUUGAGAACCAGUCCUAGGGACGGGAGGUCCUAGGUUCAAAUCUGGCUUCAGCCACUUCCCAGCUGUGUGACCCUGGGCAAGUCACUUGACCCCCAUUGCCUAGCCCUUACCACUCUUCUGCCUUGGAGCCAAUACACAGUAUUGACUCCAAGACGGAAGGUAAGGGUUUAAAAAAAAAAAAAGAAAAGAAAACUUGCUUGAGACCCUAAUUUGGAGUUUGUUGCCAUGCCUGCUCUUACACCUCCAGAGGAUGUCAUGCAUGGACCCAGCACUGGCAGCACAGUAGGAGCAGGACUUACAGAUUACUCAGACAACUGAGCUCCCUGAUGAUGACCUGUAAGGGAAUGAAGAUAGAGCCCAGCUUCAGAGGUCUAGUUUUAUAGGCAACUGUCCUGUGACAUCAGUGGUACAGCGUAUUUGCCACUUUAUUAUAUAGCAGAGCAGAACAUGUGCUUAAUAUUUGGGAUGCUGAAGUAAUUGAAUGGGCUCUGGAGUGAAUGUGGUAGAUUUAAAAAAUAUAAUGCAUAUUUUGAACCUGCAUAUUUAGCUGUUUGGGAAUGCAAUUACAUCCCCAAGAGCUUCAAAUAUAAAGACUGCUGCAGUCCCCUCACAUAAUUCAGUGGUGAAUCUUUUUGUUACUGUCAUUCCUGUUCCUAUUUUUCAUUUAGAUCAUAAUAAAGUUGUAUUUCAAUUAUCUUUUUAAAAAAGAUGGGGUAAAUAAUUUUUUUUUGCCCCAAACAACUUUGAACUCUCAGAAUUAUUAGAACAACUAUUGCACUGGGAUGGAAGUGGAGUGCAAACAAGGCAGACCCCACUUCAGCAACAGGCCUUGGGGGCAGCUGAAUCAGUAACAAAGGCUUCAGGAGUUCUCAGGGGUCAAACAACUGCUCAGAAAGAGGUCAUUGCAUUGCCCAUACACAGAUUUAAGUUGUAGUUUUGGGGUAAGGUCCCAGAAUGAAGAGUAACACACUAGCACUUAUGGCCACAAAGGAACCUGGUCACGGUUACAAGGUGGAAAAGAGUGCUUGUGGUUACUCACAGACCAGAGCAUAGCCUGAGAGAGUAUUAAGUACAUCUCUCCUUAAAUCAGACCACCUUGGAAGAACUGAAAACUUGUAGAUCCCCAGAGCUAGCUCUGAAGGUACCUGCACAAAGAAUUUGAAGCUUGGAACAGGGCUUCCUACUCCCACCCCUACAGAGCCCAACAUUCAUAGGCUUUUUUUUUUAAUUAAAAGAAAAGAAAAAAGCUAGAAAAUGAGCAAACAAAAGAAACAAAGUUAUUUUGGUGACAAGAAGAUCAAAAAACAAACUCAGAAGAUCAAGUCAAUACUGUUGCAUCCAAAACCUUCAAGAAAAAUGGCAAUUGGACUCAAGUCCAACAAGAAUAGAAGAGCUCAAAAAGGAUUUUAAAAAUCAGAGAUGGGGGAGAAAAUUGGGAAAAUAAAGGAAAAAUCAUGAAAAAGGAGUCAACAGUGAAAAACAUGAAAAGGUAAACAAGAGAAAUCAAAGCACAUUGAAUAAGGUUAAACUGUUUACCUACAUAGGAAGAUAAUUUUAAUAAUGCUUAAGAACUAUAUUAUUAUUAGUGCAGUUAUGAGUAUACCUAGAAGGCAAGGAUGUGAAUUGAAUAUGGGAUGAUAUAAAAUAAAACUAAGGCAUGAAAAAGAGGAAUGCAGUGGAAGAGAGAUAAAGGGAAAAAAGGGGGUGAAAGAGAUUUUAUAAUAGAGGAGGGAGAUGGAGAGGGGAGCAAGUGAACCUUACUCUCAUCAGAACUGGCUCAAUAAGAGAAGAACAUAGGCAAUCAAUUGGAUAUAGAGAAAACUAUCUCAUCUUAUGGGAAAGUAGGUGGGAAGGAGAGAAGAGAAAGGGUUAGGACUGAUAGAAGAGCAAAUUGAGGGAGGGGAGGUCAGAACAUAAACAGGGUGAAUACAAUGGAAAGUAAUACACAAUAAUCAUAAUGGUGGGGGGCAGCUGGGUGGCUCAGUAAAUUUAGAGACAGAAGGUCCUGGGUUCAAAACUGGCCUCAGACACUUCCUAGUUGUGUGACCUGGGCAAGUCACUUAAUUCAUUGCCUAACUCUUAUCACUCUUCUGCCUUAGAGCCAAUACAACAGUAUUCAUUCUAAGGUGGAAGGUAGGGGUUUAAAAAAAUGGUAUAAAAUUAAAGCUUUGUAUAGUCAUGUAAAAAUAUGCUCUAUAUCUCUAUUAAUUAGAGAAAUGCAAAUUAAAACAACUCUGAGGCAUCACCCCAUAAUUAUCAGAUUGGCUACUAUGAAAGAAAAGGAAAAUAUCAGGCUUGGAAGGAAUGUUGGAAAACAGACACUAAUGCCCUAUUGAGGGAGUUGUGAACUGAUUCAGCCAUUCUGGAAAGCAAUUUGGACCUGUGACCAGACUAUAAAGUAAUACAUAUAGCCUGUGGCUCAAAUACCAUGUAAACUUAUACCCCCAAGAGAUAAAAAACAGAAAGAGGAAAGACCUAUAUGUAAAAAAAUAUUUAAAGCAUCUCUUUAGUUGGGGAAAAGAAUUUGAAAGAGUUUCAUCAAUUGGGAAAUAGCUCAGUAAGUUAUAGUAUAUGAUUGUAAUGAAAUACUAUCCAUGUAGUAAGAAAUGAUAAGAGGAACUUGGAAAGAGUUACACCAACUGAAACAGAAUGAAAUAAGACAACCAAGAGAACAUUGUAUGCAAUGAUAGGAAUACUGUAUAAUCUAAACUAUGAAUAAAUUAGCUAUUCUCAGCAAUACAGUAAUCCAAACAAAUCCCAAAGAACGUCUGGGAAAAAAAAAUGACGAUCUACUUCCAGGGAAGAACUAAUGGAGUCUCUAAAUCCAACCAGAGCAACUUUCUUCACUCUGUUAGUUUUUUUUUUUUUAAUUCAAGUUUCCCUCCACAAAAGGAUUACUAUGGAAAAAUGUUCUACAUGGUUUUACAUGUAAAAUCUACAUUACCCUUUUUUUUAUCAUCUGGGGAGAGGGAGAAGAAGGGAGAGCAUUUAAGACUUAAUUCUUUUAAAACUAGAAAAUGCUGUGGGAAGCAGACCUUUUUAUAGGUUCAGAAUUCCCAACAUGGUGUACAAAAACUCUACCUGACACUGCAAGAGCCAAUGGCAGCUCAAGACAAAAUUGGAUCUUUAAUCACCUGGUGCUAAUUGACUAAAUUCAAAAUCUGACCCCAAAGAGAGGAGAGGAGAGGAGAGGAGAGGAAGCUCUAUUGGACUUUCUGUGGUCCCAGCCUCACAUGUGCACCCCUCGACCCUAGUAAGCAAUAAUGCAAGUUGAAGAUAGUGUCCCCAUCCUUUUAGACUAUUUCUUUCCCUACUCCUUGCAACUUAAACAUAUAACAAUUACUAUAGGGUUACAAAUAGAAAAACUAGACAUUAAUUCCCCACCACAAUGUGUGUGGUUUGGGAAUAAGGGGGUAUGACAAAUAGUAGGGAUGCUAUAAGAUGAAAUUUUUUUUUAAUGGUUGUAUUUGUGUGUUGACUUCUGUAAGGAGGUUUAUUCCAUCAUUCACUUUCUUUUUAUAACUUGGAAAAAUUUUAAAAUGUCUCAACUGAGAUGUACUUGGUACAACUAUAUACAUUUAUGUGAAAACUAAAUAAAUACAACGUUGUAUGUAUGAACUGAUGGCAAAGAGAAAUGGGUAGGACUAGAAGAACAUGUAUGUACAGGAUGACCACAGUAAUAAUGUAAAGGAAACACAGUGCUGAACACCAUCAAGAUCCAAUAAACUCAGUGACCAGAUAAUGACUUUGGAAGGCUGGUAAUGAAGCAUGAGUCCUAACUCUUGGGGAAAAGUAAUGGACAGGUACAGAAGGUACAGAAUGAUGUGUUGGUUUCUUUUGCUUGAUUAUACAGCUGUUGUGGGCAGAUCAGUAGUUAGUGACAGAUGAAAAAAAAAAAGAGCAUUGUAGGAUUCCAGGCAUAUACAUCUGGAAAAUAUGGUUGAUGUAUUGAUAUUAUAUUAUACUUGGUCAGAGCAGUUAAUGAGACAGCUCAAAGGCUAGAAGAAUCUCUGGGCCUUAGCUCUAACCUGGUCAAACAGCAUUCCUUUGAAAGGUGCAUGGUUAGACCUCUGGAGGGCAGUGAAAGUUGGGCUUCACCUUGCUUCCUUUGUUCUCGGCAAACUCAUUAAUAUUCUGGCACAAAGCCCAAGCUCCUUUGAAUUUUGUAGGCUAGAGGCCUAGAAGGUGUUGUCAUUAGCAUCUCAAACCAAUGUGAAUCCACUAUGGGUUGUUACAUAUGUAUUACAUACCUCUUACCCCCCACCCCCCCUCUCUUUGGUAACCUCUUGCUCUCCACCUGUUCUCAUGAAACCUCUGCUCUAAGACUCCUCUGUAACUCUGAUCUCUAUCCUCAAGCUUAAGCACUUUUCCUCUUGUGCUCAUAUCUUCCUUCAUCUUAUUUUCAAAGGAAGAUAUUACAGGGGCAAGCACUGCUCCUUAGAUUAAUUAACUUGUGUUUGAGUCUUCAUUUAUCACCCUUCCUCCAGGCUUCUUUCUCCUUCUCAGACCCUAAACCCACUUACCCAGAAAUCUUUAUGUUGUAACCACUGGCCAGUCCACAACAAGCAUCAUAGAAGAAAAAGUAGCAGAGACUACAGAUAGUGAUCCUGUUGCUUCCUUGUUUAGUUUAAUAUAAAAUUUUUAAAACUAUAAUAGAGCCUAGAGCCUUUUGAGCGGUUGAUUGAAAAUAGAUCUUCUUGGCCCUGUUCCUGUCUUCUUCCAAAACUUCUAAACCAUGCUGAUUUGUCCUGGAAACUUCUCAAGACUACUGAGCCUGGUUUGGAACAUCCAACCACUCUUGAUUUCUUUUAAACCUGGAAUAUCCUUUUGUAAGACUGUCCCCCUUGGCCUUUUAAUGAGUUCUCCACACUAGGUACUUUCCUUCUGUCCCUCUCCUUCUUCCCCAAAGCAUAUUCAGAACAAAUUUUAGAAGUUCAAGGUGUAGCUAAAACCAGCAGAAUGAUUUUUUUUUUCUGUGAAAUUAGCCUCAUUUUAUGGUCACAGCAGUGUGCUUCCCAAAAGUAGCAAGGAAACUUACUGCUCUAAGAGGGAGUAUAAACUGAAAAUGUAAACCACAAAAAAGGCCUAGAUUCAUGGAAGACAGAUUCAGAAUAAGCUAUUAUGGAAACCAAUAUGGUUACAUUUCCAAUAUAUGAAGUUAAUGUCUGACCAUCUUGCUAUAUAUUACCUUAGCUGGAUAAACCACAUGCUUGAUAUAGUCUGACAGUUUUUUCAGUAGGAAGUUGGAUUUCUCAAAGGUUACAGAAAUAAGUGUGGCCAGAAGUAGCUCAGUCUACAUCAGAAAAUUCAUUCAUUGUGUUGUAGUAGCAUGAGUUACUGGGUUGUUUAUAGUCCCAGCUAGCAUCAAUAACUUGGGAUCUAUGGACCAGGAGUCAGGAGAAAAGUAAAAAGAAGACUAACCAACCCCAUUGUCCCCAACCCAUGUGACACUUUCAGCAUUAGAGAAUGAGUAGAACUAAAAUGGCUUUAUACACUUUAAAAUGAGAAAAAGUCACCAAAAGAGGAACUUUAGCUCUCUCCCAUCUCAAGCCUUAACUCCUAAGGUAAUACAAUAACUAUGAUAUUAUAAAGUAUCAACAAACAUUAAAGUAAGAUAGAAAAAGCAGACUAUUUUGAACACUUUACAACUUUAUUCUCCUUUCUUCAUAUCUGUUGUCUCCUGUAUCCAUGAGAAAUGACAGUACUUUGGAACCUGGAAAGAGGAGAAUGUAAGGGCAUAUCAGCUAUUUUUAUGUGGGAUGAGAAUUUCUUUAAAAUACGUUCUCGAUCUUCUCCAUGGCAAAGUCUUUCACUGUGAUCCACAAACAAGUUUUCUUCUAGAGGACCUGUGUGAAUCCCACUCAGCUGUGCAUUCUAAGGAAAGAAAAAAUAGGUGUAUAUUAUAUAAAUGACCACUUGCUUUAUGUAUCAAAGGUUUUUAGAAACAUAAAUUUGGAAUAGAAAGGGACUUCAGAGGUCAUCUACUAGAGUCUGUUCCUAAGUAGGAGUGUCCUUUAUAACAUCCCCCAACUGCCUGGAUUCCAUAGUUACAGUGGCCCAAUAUUUUCCCUUAUAUUUAGAAGAAAUCUAUCUUACCCUUUUUUGCUACUAGUUUUGCUCUAUGAAACUAAGCAGAGCAAAUCUAAUCUUUCUUGCAAAUGAUAAUCUUCCAGAUACUUGAAAAUAAUAAGCUUCUGUUUAAGUCUUCUUUCCCCCAGGCUAAACAGAUCAUUUCUCUCCACCAUUCUGAUACCCAGAACCACAAAUAGCUUUUUGAUUCCAGGCACAAGCUUCACAAAGUGUCCAGAUUAAGAAGUACAAAAAAUGGCAGGAGGGGGAUAGAUACCUUGAAAUAUUACCUCCUAGGAGAGCUAUAAAGACCAUAAAACAACUGGUAAAGUCACCAGAGUAUUGUCAUCACCCCCUAGCCUAAGUCUUACCAUUCUGCAAAGCUGGGUAGGGGAGGGACAUCAUUGAAUAAGCAAAUAUUUACUGUUAUCCUAUGCAUAAGACACUCAUGUGUCACUAUUGUGAAUCAAAGAAUAUUAGUUAUCAGUUUGGUUGCUUCUUAAGUCUACAGCUCUUCCCUGAUUUAGCAAAACAGUCUUAUUCAAAGUUAGCUUCCAAGUAAAUUGAGAUAUUUGAGAUUAAUUUUCCAAGCAGAGAAAAUAUUUUAAAAGUACAAAACUUGCCUGGGUGGCCCAAUGACUAAAAAAUCAUGUUCUUUUUAUUAAAUCAACUGAUAAGCAUUUAUUAAAGCAUCUACCACGUACCUUAGCUAGAUGCUGAGAAUACAAAGACAAAAUUAAACAGUUCCUGCCUUCAGGGAAUUCUGUUCAGACAGAGGGUUAACCUAGCUCGGUUUUUCUCACUGUUUCCCCCUCUCCCCAAGUACUAUUUGACCUCUAUGGCAUGUCAAUGUUAUUUUUUUCCAGAAAAAUUCAGGUCAGUUUAAAUCUUGGGUCAAUUCAUAUGUGCAAUGUAGCAAUAUAUUUUCUAUAUCCCGAGUGAGACAGGAUUCUCUGCUUCUGAGUCCUUUCCAUUUUUUUAAAUUAAAGUUUCACUUUUUUAAUAAAUGAAAAUCCAUUUUUUCUCCUCCUUCCCUCAUUUAGGAAGAAAAAUAAACUUAUACUUGACUAUGUAAACAUUAUAGUCAGCUAAACAAAUUCCAUGUUUUUAAAAAAUCACCCUUUGAUUGACAAAUAAAAUGAGAAAUCAGAAUUUGUAAAGCCUUUUACCAGACGGAGCUGUCAAUCUUGAUCUGAAAAUACAUCAUAACAUCUACCCUUGUACUCUAAGAGUAUAUACAAAACAGGCUCAGCAAAUAGAGUUGCUAUUUUGUACUCUUUAACACAAAUGAGUCUUGCUUCUGAUUCUAAGAGCCUGUCUUAAUCAACUUCAUAUAGCAUUUACCAUGAAUGGCUUUCAUUUCUCAGUGUUUACUGUUGUUUUUCAUCUUUAUUUAUAUUUGUCCACUAAAUGUCUUAAUGGCACCUCAAACCCAUAUGUUCAAAGGAACAAAGAUCUAGUCCUACAGAAGAUCUCAGAAAACAUCUAGUCCACCUCGUCUGACUGGAAAAACAAAGCAAAACAUAGGACUAUUAAAUAGUCAGAAAAAACACUUUUUAAUUAGGAGAAGGGGUGCAUGUAUUAAUAGGCCUUCUACUCAGAGCUGUGCAUCUCAAGCCCUCACAGACUCAGUGCUUGCUCUGGUCACAGACCCCUGGAAGUCUCACCACUUGGAUGGAAAACUACAAAGAGCCUUAAAAUAGGAAGCUUAAAUACCUUUCUAGGGGAACAUGGGGACAAAGGAUGAGAGGGAUACUUGAUUGGCUUUGCAAUGGUAACAAAGGAAAAUGAGGAGUCCCAGACAGGAAUGAGACAGGUGAGAAACUGAUGCUUUACAAUGGACACAAAAGGGAAAAAGCCCAGCCAACGACCUGGCUAUCUUGGUGUAAAGGAUUUUGACCAAAGGGGAGAAAUCUGUUGGGACAAAAAGAGAUGGGAUUAGCCAUCUCUGUUUAAACUACUUUAAAGUUUUCUUAAAUUCUUAAACCCUUGGGACCUCCCAUAUUUGAAUCAAUAUGGUCUCUUGGUUCCAAGGCAAUAGUGGUAAAGCCACCGAGCUGACCCCUAACCCUUUUCAUUUUGUAGAUGAGUCAAUUAGAGCCCAGAGAGGUUAUGUGAUUUGUUCAAGGUCAUUCAGGUAGCAGUUAUCAGAAGCAGACUCUGAAUCAAGGUAGUUUAGCCCCAGAACCAAUGCUCUUUCCUCUGUCACCAAACACUGCUUCCUAGAAUUUAUCUUUUCUCCAAAAUCCAUCCAUCUUUCUGACUUCCCUGGAUAUGUCUAGGGUACCACCAUCUGUCCAGUUACUGAGAUCCACAAACUUGGUGUUAUUCUGUCAAUUCUUAACUCUCUCUCUGGCCACACAUCGAGUUUGUUGCUAAGUUUUGUUGAUUCUCCUUCCACAACAUAUCUAUUCCCUCCACUGACAUGGCUACCACCCUCAUCACCUGAACUAUAAAAGGAGUCUAAAUCUUCCCUAUUUCCAAGCAACUGCUAAAUGCAUACAUUAAACCAUAUUACUCUCCCAUUCAGACUUUCUGUUGUCUCUAAGAUAAAACACAAACCCCUCUGUUUCCAAUUCACUAGAAUUUAGAGAUUAUCAAAUCCCUUUUACAGAGGAGAAAACAACACUGGACCAAAGUCACACAGGAAGCAUAGCUGAAUAUCCAUGCUUUUAAUCCAAGGUCUUGAAAUCUUUCCACUCUGUGCUUUUCUGCUCUAUGAUUUGACAUUAUUUCCUUUUACAAGUUCUACCUUUGGGACAAGCUGACCUGCUUGCUGUUUCUUAUAAAUGGCAUUCCACCUCUACUCUCUUUGCACAACCUAUUUAUUCCUUAUAGCUAGAAUAGUCUUUAUUCUCAUUUCCACCCUUUGAAAUUUAGAGCUCCCUUCAAGGCUCAGCUUAAAUGCCACCAGAGCUGGGGUUCAAAUUGUAUUUCUGAUAUUUAGUAACUGUGUGAUCUUGAGCAAAUCUCAUAAUCUCUCUAUGCCUCACUUUCCUUAACUAUAAAGAUUAGGAGAUUAGAUUAGGUGGCCUUUGAGGUCCCUUUUCAGUUCUAGAACUAUGAUCCAUUUUAUAGGAGACCUUUCUUUAUCUUCCCCCUAGUUGCUAGCUGUCUCUGUUCCUCUCCCUCCCCACUGUCCCCAAAUUACUUAUCUUUUAAAUUUGUAUUAAGUUCCACAGAAGGCAAGAACUCAUUUAUAUUUGUCUGUACUGCAUAGCACAUAGUAGGUGCUUAAUAAUGGUUGUUGAAUUGAAUUGUCCCCCUUCCUUCUACUUAUACAAGUUAAAUUUUGAAAUACUUGUAUAUGAGAACACAUCUUAGAUCACAUGAAAAUUCAAGUAUUGAAAUAUGUAUAAAUAAGUCUGUCUUAUACAUAUCCCUUGUAUGUAUAUAUAACAACUAUAUGUAUAUAUGUGUAUUUUUAUGUAUAUGUGUAUAUGCAUGUGUGCGCAAAUUUCCCCUUUUGUGGAUUAAAUAAAAUUCCUGGUCCUAAUACCUUUA